CCAGCAAGCUGCAAUGAAAAGGCUGCUAGCAAAGAAAGCAAAACAGUUAAGCAAUAUUGUCUUUUCCAAAUAUAGCUGGACCCUAUAACGUCAGAUGGAAUUAAAAGCUAAAUCACAAUACUUUUUUUGGCUGUGUGCACUGUGUAAAAUGAUUUACGUAGUUAACAGUGCUGUCCUACAAAGGAAAGGGCAAAACAAGCGGACAAUCAUCUUCCCAAGCACCCAGAAUAGCUAAAGCAAAAACAAAUGUUAAAAGUUUGGAUUCUGGUUGAAUUGCUGAAGCUGAAGCCUAGCGUCAGCAUUGUUUAAGCAGCUCAGAUAAUGGCCAAAACGUAUCUGAAAAUGACUUGUGAGUUUUAUUUUUGGAAUACCAGCAAGUCCUGUCACGAGUUUUUGUUGGCUAAAAAGACAUAAUUAUUUGCAGACCUCAGCGAAGUACUCGACGGGACCUGGAAGCUUGUUCUAUUGCCCACCCACCAGCACCCCAAGACAAAUUAUAAGGGUGGAGGACAGAGGACGAGAGGUGAAAAAGAGACCUGUGUUCUAGGUAGUCCUUCUACCUGUUGGCCCAUUAAAGAUGAUGUUUUACCGCUGGAUAAUGGGGGGUCGCCGUCGUUGCCUUCGAACUCCGCGCCCCCUCUUGUUACUUUUGCUGCUCGCCAUCUACUUUUUCUCUGAGACCCUCUGGAUGAUCGGUUGGAGAAGAUACUCACUGAAAUGUACGUCUGAGUAUGACAGUUGGAGGGAUAUUUCAGAACUAAAGGAACACUUAUCACGCAGCAAUCAGCGACCACUUUCUUUGCAAACAAUUCAAAAGAUUGAACUCUUACAUCUGAAGCACUUUGGCAAACAGGUGAAAACAGUAACAUUUUAUGGUCAUCAUUCUAUUGGAGUUCCGGAAUUCCAGCUAUAUCAACGUAUUCUCACCAGCUAUGGAUAUAAAGUUUCAAUACCAGAAGAAGACAAAUUGGAACUGAUCUUUAACCAAGAGGAAGAUAGUUUCAGCACGUGGGACCUUUUGAUUUCCUUUGCUUCUGGUAAAGACCACAUCAGCUGUAAUGAAAAUUACCACCUUUAUCAUUUUCAGCCCUAUCAAAAGGUGAAUACACUACCUGAAAUGAAACACAUACUAUGCAGAAAAGAGGAGCUAUGCCUUAUGGGAAAGCAGUUUCCAGAAUUGGAGCUUUCAGCUGUUCUUUCAUUUUGCCUGGAUCAGAAAACCUCCCAUAAUUUUCCCAGAAGUGACACUAAAAUGACAAAGAUGAAUGGUUUGGAUGACAGCAUCAUUUUAGCUAAAAUCAAGAACAGAACCCAAGUCAGCAGUCCUGAGCUGUAUCAGACAUUUAAACAAAUUACUCCACAAGAUGUUUUGAAGGAACAAGAAGUUUCCAUCAUGAUGAAAGUGUAUGUGCUUGUUACAGCCCUCAGACCACUUCGUGCAUUCAUUCAUUCUGAUGGACUUGUUUGGAAUGAACAGAAUAAAAAAUAUUUUGCUACUAAGCUGCAGUCAUUUUUUAAAAACCUCCUUGGAGUGGAGUCAUCAGUCCAGGCUUUGAACAACAUAAAGGAAACAAUUUGCAAGAUUUUACUGACAACAGAAAUGCUCACUAAGGCUUCAGCAACAGAAAGAAAAACACUUCAAAGAUGUACUCUGUGUUUCCAGUUUCUGACAUUUGAUAUUUCUUUUAUCAACACCUUACACCCUGUAGUUCUAGAGAUUCAUGGGGAAUAUGACUUCCGAGAUGUUAAGGAUAUAGAUUCCAGGGACCAAAGCAUAGAGGAGACCAUUCUAGAAGAUACUUUCUAUAUUCUGAUGUCUAACCUGUCUGUGGCUACUACUAUGUAUGCUGUGUUACAGACUAUGCCCUCAUCAGUUGGAAUAAAGGCACUUUAUCCAGGACUGAUUGAGUGUUUUUCUUUUCAUUUGGAUACAUUGUUUCUCAACGGUCGCUGGAACAUGGCAAAGGGAGUAUUAAAUGAGAACAUUUGUCUGUUAGAGGGAAGUGAUUCCUUCCAAAGAUUUUUCAAUGUUGAAAGCAACCCUUUGUUACGCCUUACUACUACAGAAUUGAUGAGAGAAGGGGAAGAGACAGUAAGUACCCUCAGGAACAUGAAUGUUUUGCAGUUGACAAGAAAGUUACAGAAUAAAAUGACUAAAUUAAAGUUUACACAAUGGCAAAGACUCCACAUGGAGAUAUGUCUUAGUUUUAAGGUGGUACUGAGAGGAUUACGGGUUUUAAAAAUGCCUACCUUCAGUACCACCUAUCCUGAACUGCUAAUAAAAUGGCAAAAAUUAAACUUAGACACCAGUCAUGGCUACAUUAAGCUUCUAAUUGAGCAGUAUAAGAAUUUAGAAGCAGUGUUGGCCAUGGAGAUUACUUCUACAAGAAAUGAGCUCAAGGAUGUCUUAAGUGUGACAGAAAUGGACAGCUUCAUUAGCAAUCUCACUGUAAGUUUAACGGCACUUGAUAAUAAGUUAUUACAGGAGAAGAAGAAGAAAUUGGAGAGAGACGUCAACGAUUUCCACAGGGGUAAUGUCUUCUCGUGGCCCAGGGAGACUAAUGCUGCUACUAACAACACAUGGAGAGCAUUUCCUCCUUUCACAAGCAGAGAGGGGCAGAUCACUGAAGGUACAACGAUGACAACACCGGAAACAAUGGCACAGGUGGUGCAACAAACCGAAGAAUUGAGGGGAACUCAGAACAGUAGUGCUCAAGGAGGUAUCAUGUAUUUGCCAGGUAGGGAAGUCGUUUCACACCUGGGCAGCAUGGAUAUCAGGAGGAAAGUUCAACAAGUUCAAAUGGAAACGGCCACAACUUCCACAGGGAAUGUGGCGAUACCGGAUGAAAAUUGCCAAUCAAUGCAUCUUCACUGUUUUUCCUUGGAAGAUUUUAUAUCAGUUAUCAGUUUCUUCAAAGAGUUAAAUUGCACUGGUAAAUAUGAAGUGGUUUAUCCAACAAGUUCUCAGAAUUAUCAAACACUUCUGUAUCACUUGUACAACAAUUUAGAUCACCAUGGAGAACUGGACUCUGUCAUGGAAAUGCACUUGUUUUUGUCAGAGCUACUGGAACAUUUCCAGUUACAGAACAUGCAAAGAGAAUCAACUGGAUCGCCACUGUGGAAUAUAACACAAGAAGGUCAUAAAGGCAGAGCAAGCUCUUUAAGAAAUUCUGAAAGAAAUACAGGUCUCCUGAAUGAAAGACAUUGCAGUUAUGAUAAAAGCACAUUCCAUCUCAUCAGGGAAAUCCGUACAAGUCCCAAGCUGAACUUGCAUCCAGAAUUUAAGCCAGAAAUCAGAGAAUAUUAUUGCGAAGUACCUUUUGAUACUGUGACAGUGAGGAUUGAAGCAGUACCAGCAAACUGUCAGUGUCAAGUGCACCUUGAUCAUACUCAGGGACCAAGGAUAGACAACUACCCUCUUGGCUUAGGCAACAACAGAAUUUCUUUGUUGGUCACACGUGAAUCUCAUUCUGAUCCUGUUCUUAUGGGAACCUAUAUCAUCAACAUUUAUCGAGAAAACCGUCCAACCUUGCCUUUGUUCAAUGAAUAUGAGUUAUGUGGAUUUGUUCAGGACUGUGGUUUACAAAUAUGGCCAGCUGAAUCCUGUGGUCUCCAGUGUCUUCCAACCAACUACCUCUCAGUGAUUUCACAGCUGAAGUUUAAUUCCUGCAAAUCUGGAGAUGCCAAAGGUCAGUGGAUAGUUCCUUGCCUCAGCUGUUCAGACAAUAGAACAUGUGACUGGCGUGAAAUAACAUGGCAGCCAUACAGCUGUCAGCACCCUGUACUUCCUCGCCAUCAGCUCCAACAGUGUCUGGAUAGCAGAAAGGUCCUUUUCAUUGGAGACUCUACCAACAGAGGGAUCAUGUACUACCUAAUUGAGAGAGUGAAUGAUACCCUACAGGAGUGGGAUAAGGAACAUGGUACUAAGCUAUAUCCCAAUGUGAAUGGAAGAAGGACUUUUGUCAGUUAUUCAUAUUAUCCACAAUUCUGGCUUGAUUUUAAGGAAAAGCCUACAUUUGAAAACUCCUUGGAACAGCUUAUACAAAGAUCACGUCCUCUUAAAAACAAUGACCAGACAGUACUUGUGGUAGGUGGCGUUCAGUGGCUAAACAAAGAUCAUCUGCACAUCUUGCAAAGGGUACUACAGAGGGAAAACCUUUUAAAUAUCCUGGUUGUUAUAAAAUCAAUUGGAAUAGGAUUCCACUUGCCUGUAGAGGGAAUUCGGUCUUUAUCACUGUAUGAAGUGCAGAAUCUAUGGGAGGAGAACCUGAAAAUACUGUAUACUGCAAAACAAUAUGGAUACGAAGUUGUAGACACCUUCAGUAUUACAGUGGGACGGUAUAAAGAAUUUAUGCAGGGGAAAUGUGCCUGCCACUUUCAUGAGGUAGUUACUUCAAACAUCUCUGAGGAAUAUUCUCAAAAAAACAUGAUUCUUCGGCAUGCCAAGUCGGAAAAGGAUUUUAAAAGCACUAUAAGAAAAUCAGAACUGCAAGAAUUUCUAUUCAACUCCAAGUCACACUAUCAUGUGAAAGGUCCUGUAAAUCAAGUUUAUUCAGAAAUAAUUCUCAGCAGGAUAUGUACACACAAAAAUAAUAGCACUGCUACGUAGCUAUUAUCAAAUUUAGACUUCAUAAGUACUUGUAAUCAUUACAUUCCUCUGUAAGGGCUCAAGUGUCUUAAAAUGAAUGUCUGUUGUGUCCCUUUGCUUAUGAGCAUCACAAGGAAAAGACAUUUUACCUUUUUUGAAUGUUUUUUAUGGAAUCAAAAUGUGCCCUUGUUGGUCUGUUGUUUCAAUACUGUGUUAACAGCAAAUCAGUGCACCUCUGUUCUGAAUAGUAUAAAAACAGAAGAAUGUUAUAAUAUUUCACUCACUAAAAUGACAUACCUGAUACCGUCUAAAAGGUGGCAUCCAGUCAGAUAAUAUAAAGAGGUCCUGGAAUAUCCUAAGUGCAAUAAGAACCAGCAGUCUGUGAGGAAGACUUCCAUUCCAUGGAUGGGAAACAGGCAUCGUGAGCAACAUUCCUCUUUUUACUUACUUAAUGAUACCUUUGGAUCAACAUCAAGGGCUACAAAUGUAUCUACUGUUCUUUGUGAGUAUGUGGCCUUGAAGACAAAAGGUUCUUAAAAUGAACACAAAUUGAUUUUUAUGAUUUAAGUACAUUGGAAAUCCUGCAUUUACAUAUCAGUGGGUUUUUUCUGAACAGGAAUUGAGCCCAUUCAAAUGAAAUAAUAAAAAAGGAACUGGGGCCUCAAAGAGAAGUUGUACAGGGGCGAUGAAGUCACUUCAAAAUGCCAGUGUAUAAUUAAAAGGGCUUCUCCAUUCUAAGGCAUUUUGGAGCACUUCUUUGAUCUACAAGCAUGUGUUACAAAACACAUUUUGUUAAGGGGCACCCAAUGACUUUAUCCAAACCACAUUGCCAUAAUGGUAAAUACAAGCUGGGAAAAAUGACAGGACUGGGCUCGUUUAUAGGACUGAAUUUGACAUAGCUUAUAUACCUCAUAAUAGCUACAGAUGUUUACUAUUUUAUGGGUUUAUACACUUCAGAAAAUAUUUUUAUAUUAAAUUAGUAUUGGAGAAAAUAUUCUAUAUUUUAUUAUUGCUAUAAAUAAAUGAUAGAAAUGACACUGCAAUUUUGAUAUGAAGAUGCACAUGUGUUUGUAGUAUGUUUAAAACAACGUACUCUUUAAUUCCCUGGUACAUGAACACACUGAAAGUACUACAUUGUGAGUUCAUUUAAUUGUCGGCAAUGUUGUUUAUAAUUGUUAAGUAGCACUGCGGCACAUUCAUUUGUUUCAUUAUGUUCUACUUUAUGUUUGUUGACUUACCUAGAACUAGCAAGACUUGAUGUUCUCAUUGCAUUUAUCAGAGAAACUGUGUAAUGCAGAGGGUGUCCUUUCACAGGUCCCCAUACGCAAUGAAGUGAAUAGUGACCGUGGUACAGAGUUGUGAAAAUGAAGAGCUUUAACCACUGCGCUGAAUUACCCACGGAGUAUCCUAGCUGUUGCAAACCAUAAAUAAGAGAAAGAAAAGAGCAAUUGGAAGGGAGCCAUUGGCCAUGCAAGUUAAAUAAAAGUAUCCCGCCUUGACAGACUAACUGAAAAACCGAGCGCAUAUAGUGGUACAACUGAAGAACAAGAAGCAUUGUAACAUUUUCUGUCGGUAAUGUGAACUGCCAUGCAGUGUAUGGCAUCAUACCAGUCACUCAUAACCGUCUUAAAUAAUUAUAAAGUGAAAUAAUAUAUUUAUAACAGAUGACUUUUUUAUAAGAAGAUCAAAUCAGUGUUAUUGUAGAAUGAAGAACUGUGCUCAGGUUUAGAAACUACAUUUGAUUUAGUCACAUUUCAUCCAUUGUAUUUUAGAAAAAAAUGUUUCUUUUCCACUUUACAAUGCAGUGUAAAAAGGAAGAUAUUUAAGUUCUGUGAUGAACCAGGAAUUUGCAUUUGUUCCACUGACAGAACAAUAAGACAAUUAUAUAAUUUAAGAAAGGUGUGGAAAAUUUAUAUCCCCAAUCAUAAAAGAAUACUUUUAAUCCUGUGACAGAUAGCAUAUGGCUAUGGCAAGAGACUGUAGUUUCUUUAUUGUGGGUCAGCACAGCAAGAUACAUUACUUUUGUUUGCUUAGUUUUCCUUGAGUAUGUUCAAAGCAAAUAUAUUCUGCCUAAUUUAAACAUGGAACAGUCUACAAUACUAUGUCUAUGACUGUAUUAUCUGUAGACAUGGAUGAAUAAUUUGUCACUGUUAUCUACAUUGUUAACUUUUCAUUUUGCUACUAAACAAUCAAGUUACUUCAGAAGAGAAUCCUGAGAGUCAGCCUUCUUACUGCACAGCACUGAGAAAAAUUAUUAUCCUGGGUAAAUAACACCAGGCUAUCGCCACUGUUAUCAUUCUGGGUAAAUAACACCAGGCUAUCGCCACUGUUAUCAUCCUGGGUAAAUAACACCAGGCUAUCGCCACUGUUAUCAUCCUGGGUAAAUAACACCAGGCUAUCGCCACUGUUAUCAUCCUGGGUAAAUAACACCAGGCUAUCGCCACUGUUAUCAUCCUGGGUAAAUAACACCAGGCUAUCGCCACUGUUAUCAUCCUGGGUAAAUAACACCAGGCUAUCGCCACUGUUAUCAUCCUGGGUAAAUAACACCAGGCUAUCGCCACUGUUAUCAUCCUGGGUAAAUAACACCAGGCUAUUGCCACUGUUAUCAUCCUGGGUAAAUAACACCAGGCUAUCGCCACUGUUAUCAUCCUGGGUAAAUAACACCAGGCUAUCGCCACUGUUAUCAUCCUGGGUAAAUAACACCAGGCUAUCGCCACUGUUAUCAUCCUGGGUAAAUAACACCAGGCUAUCGCCACUGUUAUCAUCCUGGGUAAAUAACACCAGGCUAUCGCCACUGUUAUCAUCCUGGGUAAAUAACACCAGGCUAUCGCCACUGUUAUCAUCCUGGGUAAAUAACGCCAGGCUAUCACCACUGUUAUUAUUCUGGGUAAAUAACACCAGGCUAUCGCCACUGUUAUCAUCCUGGGUAAAUAACACCAGGCUAUCGCCACUGUUAUCAUCCUGGGUAAAUAACGCCAGGCUAUCGCCACUGUUAUCAUCCUGGGUAAAUAACACCAGGCUAUCGCCACUGUUAUCAUCCUGGGUAAAUAACACCAGGCUAUUGCCACUGUUAUCAUCCUGGGUAAAUAACACCAGGCUAUUGCCACUGUUAUCAUCCUGGGUAAAUAACACCAGGCUAUCGCCACUGUUAUCAUCCUGGGUAAAUAACACCAGGCUAUCGCCACUGUUUUUAUUUUCUUUCAGAAAUUUAAUUUUAUACCAUUGUUUCCUAAUGUGCCAAGUAUAUUUUAUUUCUACUAAUUGAAUGACCACGUAAUACUUGCACAGUUCUCUAGGCAGCUGCAACGCUAUGUCUGCUUUGAAAUCAUUCUGUGCAGAUGAUGCCAGUAUGUUCAUCUGUUACACUGUUUCAUCUAUAUACUAUUUUAUUUAACAACACAUUCACGUUAAUAAUUGUUAUAAAUUGGAGUUAUUACAUCAUUUGAAAUUUCAGUGAACCAGUCCACUUUUAUUAUAUGUGUGUACUGCUCCAUUUAUGAAAUGUCACCACAUAGCCCUCUUGGCCUAUGCAGAACAUCUCAAAUCAGGCUUUGUUUUAAGAAUAUGAUGAUAGAAUACAUGCUGUAAGAGCAUCUGCACUUUUUUUUCCCUUUUUCCUCCUUCUCUGCAGUAUUGAGAUCAUCUACCUGGGUCUACUAUGAAUAAUCAUGUUUCUUUUACUUGACAAAUUAUUACUCAAUUCCAAAAUAUUUAAAAUCUUGAAAGGUUAAAAGGGACACUCCAAUGGUUGCAAAAAUACAAAAAAAAAUUCUUAUUGUGGCGGUAAGGCUAUAUUCGAUAUUCUGAAUGUCGACAAACUGGAUAGCAUCAAAUGGUAUAUCUCCCCAUCUAACCCACUCGCUUUGUCUAACUGAAUCCUCUAACUGUUUCUCAGGCAUCUGGGUCACAGACAUGACAGGACAUUCUGUGCCACAGAGAUAGAUAUGCCAUGUGGCACUGGUUUCAAAAAAAAAAAAAAUAGAUAAAAGAAGCAUUAUUUUAAAUGCCUUCUUGCACCAUGGUAACAUCACAUUUGGCUGAAUCAUGAUACAUUGAUUUCAAAUGGCUAAUUUCAGUUACUCAGCAGUAUGUUUAGCUGGAACAGCUUCAAUCAGCUGUACUACAACUAUACUAACAUAUGCAUAAAAGGUAGAAAUAUAUAAAUAAUUUUAAAUACUUGCACCCCAUCAAUGUUGGGGCUCUGUUCUCACAACCCCAUACUAUACGUAUGCUACUUCACUGUUAUACUAACUUGUAGAUAUGGGCACAUUUAGUUUUACUGACAUCUGAGUUAGUAUGUAUUGUAUGUAGAGGUAUGUGCAUGCACUCUCCAUAUUGGAAGUGGUGCUGGGAUAUAAUCUCCUUCUGAAACAAUUUUUCUUUAUAUAUAUUAAUAUGUUUCUUCAAGUGCCUUGUAGAUUAUGUGCAGCUAUGGUACACUCAACUAAUGUUUCAACCAAGAAGGCAGUAAACUAAAUGAGGUUUCAUCCAUUUGAACUCGUUGUACUAUAAUGUACCCAAAUGUGAAAUGUGAUUUUAGCAAAUAACAUGGCCAAUGAAGACUUAAGUAGUGAAAUAACACACAACUUUAAAACACUGUGAAAAUAAGUAUAUGAAUUUUGACCAGAAAGGUAAAUCGCUUAAAUAAUAUGCAGUGAAAAAAAAUUUGGCACCCUAGGAACAAGCUGUAAUGCUGUUCUUCCUCUUACAGUCAUAAUAAUGAACUUAACAAGAAAAUGAUCACUGUUUACAUCUUAUUAUUGACCAUGUAAAGAUGUGAAAUGACUUCCAGAGCGUGAUGUCAACAGUCAAGAAAACAAGCCAAAUAGUCUGUAAUUGUUGUAAUAAGUAUCUUAAAGCACUGUCUGGUAUGGAGAUGACUGUUUUCCAAGGAUAAAAUAAUGUAAUCACUUUAUGUACUUUUUACUCGUGUUAUUUGAUCCUGUAAGACUUUUUGCAAUUCUAUUUUUGAGGCUAGUUUAGUGGUUUUAAAUUGACCAGCCCAUGAAAUCUAAUAGACAAGGGUAUAUAUCAGCAAUACUUCAUCCCAUGAGUUCAUGAAGUAGUACUUGAUGGCUAAAUUUAGUAUUAUUUAAUAACCAGAGAGAUAUAUAAAUUCUUAAUAUGGAAAUUUUGUGUUUCCCCAUUUAAAUGUAACAUUUUGCCACACGUUUAACAGUACCUGUGAUGGGAGUCAGAUAUGACAAUCAAAAACUGACAGAAAAAAUAUGCAUUGCAAAGUUUCAGUGUAAAAUAUCCUCUUUGACAUUGUGCAUCUAAUGACUGAAAAAAUCAUUCUUAUGGUACUGGAUAUACAAGUGUUUUUCUGUUGAAUAGUUACUUUUAAAAUAUUGAGCAUUUCAAAUGGUAAAAAAUAAUGCUAAAAUAUUUAAAAAUAAUCAGCUGAUGUGGCCCUUGCUAUAAGCCAUCAUAUAAUGCUUUAGCUUCCUUAUCUGUAGUCCUUCGUUGCUUGCUACUGUUCUUGUAUGAUGGCCUCUUCCAAAAAAAAAAAAAAUUGACAAUGGCAGCUAAUGUGGUUGACAAAAGGGGGAGCAACUAAGGAAGAUAAUAGCCCAAAAUGUUACUCUUACUACAGCUUUGAAGAAAAUAAAUGAGGUUUGCACUUUCAUGAAAAAUGUUUAUUGCAUUCUGUGAGACUGUCAGAAAUCUGAAAUCAUGUUUAAAUGAUACUAAUGUCUAUGUAUCCCGAACAUGUACAUUUAAAAUUUUGGAACGUUUAUGUUGAAUUUUCAUAAUGACUUGUUGAGUACAUGAAUUUGUUCUAAUAUUCAUGGUGUCAAUAAAUACAUGAAUAAAUGCUCUGUCAUUUAA